AUGUCACGACCAACAGAAGAGAGAAAUCAAGAUGCGACCGUCUACAUUGGUAAUCUGGAUGAACGUUGUACUGAAGCUUUGAUUUGGGAGUUAAUGCUUCAGGCAGGACCUGUAGUUAACGUUCACCUGCCAAAAGAUCGAGUCACUCAAACACACCAAGGUUAUGGAUUCUGCGAGUAUAUGAGUGAAGAUGAUGCCGAUUACGCCAUCAAAAUAAUGAAUCAGAUAAAACUUUACGGAAAACCUAUACGAGUUAACAAAGCAACUUCGGACAAGAAGAAUUUAGAUGUUGGUGCUUCAUUAUUCAUUGGAAAUUUAGAUCCUGAUGUAGAUGAAAAAAUGCUGUACGAUACAUUCAGUGCAUUUGGAGUCAUUGUGCAGACGCCAAAGAUUGCAAGGGACCCUGAUACCGGAAAUAGCAAAGGAUAUGGAUUUAUCUCAUAUGACAACUUUGACUCUUCUGAUGCGGCAAUCGAUGCUAUGAAUGGCCAAUACUUGAUGAAUAAACCAAUUACCGUGUCAUAUGCAUUCAAAAAAGAUGGCAAAGGCGAGAGACAUGGUAGUGCUGCAGAGCGUCUAUUGGCGGCUCAAGCAAAGAAAAAUCAAAGUUUGCCAAAUCGUCUUUUUGCUGACGUGCGACCGAUGGGCAUACCGCCACCACUUAUGGCUAUGAGAGCACCAAUAAUUGGAGGUUCGCCUCAAAUUGCAGGUGUAAUUCCAAGACCACCACCCAUAGUACCGCCCUCAAAUGUGUAUGGGGGUUAUGCAACUGGAACGAAUAGUGUGACUCCUUCACAACCUCCUAGACCACAAAUAAUCAAUGGAUCUGGUUCAACACAACAAGGGUAUCAACAGACAAGACCUUCGGGAGAGGUGAACCCAGAGAUUCCUACCAUUUCCAUUCAAUCCUUAUAA